AUGGUCCAUUGUUUCUUCGACAUUUGCAUCAGCUCUUCCAGGGAUUUUUCUUACUCGAGAUACACCGCCCAAAAAACCAGCUACGAGCGAACGGCUGCGAUUCUUUUGGAAAAUGCUACCAACUAUGGCCUCCCCAAUAGACCGGAAGAGUUGAAUGCAGAGCAGCGGGAAAUUCUACAAAGAGUCUCUGGCGACAAAGGCAGCAAUUUGGUCUUUGAGCCUCCCCACGCACCGGUUGUAGGCCGACUUGUAUUUUCGUUGUAUGACGAACCAGAUAUGAAGGAACUCCGGGACAACUUUGUGAAAUUGUGUACUGGAGAGCUGGGAAUGUGUAAAAGUGCCCCCAAAAAACCGCUCUGGUAUAAAGGUGUUAGGAUUCAUAGAAUUGUCAAGGACUACAUCGCUCAAGGUGGCGAUGUAACGCGAGGAGACGGGACUGGUGGUGAAUCAAUAUACGGUGGAAAAUUCAACUCGUCUCCAAUCGCCCUUUCUGUCCCCCCCAAGUUUGGUUCGCUCGCACUCGCCAAUGCUGGCCCUAAUACCAAUACAUCGCAGUUCUUUGUCGUGCUCAGUGGAGCGGAGAGUCAGCUGGCGAGAAUUCGCGGCAAGUACGAUGUAUUUGGUGAAGUUGUCGAUGGUUGGCAGGUUUUGGAACAAUUAAAUAAAGUUGGGACGGCAGAUGGGGAUGUCUUGUGUGAUGUUUGGGUAGAUGACUGUGGGGUCUACUAG